AUGGCCUUGGUUGUUAUCUUUCGAUUGCCGUUGAGCACGUCUAUCGCACAGAUCCCAAGGUCAUUAAAUAGUUUCCCUUUAGAUUUCUACCUAAUCUUUAAUGCGAAUAAGCAGGCCAUUAUCGCCAUUGAUAUUCUAAAGAUCAGGCAGCUACUACCCUUAAGGUAUAACUAUAAAGGUGCAGUCCACUACCUGGAUGCUGAGUUUCUAUCCCAGAACGGAGGAAUCCGCAAGAUUAAGAACGCCAUCUACAUUCAUAAGGAAGAUACAGGUAUUCUAUUUAAGCAUACUGAUUUCCGCAAUGAGUCAAGCAUUAUGACGCAGGCUCGGAUUCUAGUCAUCCAGCAGGUCUUUACCGCAGCCAACUACGAGUACGCGAUCCGGCAAGACGGUUCCAUUCAGCCAGAGAUCAAGCUCACAGGUAUCUUGAAUACUUAUGCCAUGAACCCUGGCGAGGAUACGCACGGUUGGGGUACUAAAGUAUAUCCUGACGCAAAUAUCGACAGACCCAACAACAUAGUGUUCAUGGCUGAUGCCAUUGCCUCGGAUGUGCCGGUUAGCAGCCCAGAAAACUUCUAUGGCAACGCUUUCUCAGCCCGAAAGACCAAGUUUAGCACUACUGCUAAAUCCAUAACAGAUCAUAAUAGCAGCAGCCUUAGUUGGGAUGGAUAA